AUGGCCGUCAGACUAGCCAAAGCUUCUGAUCUUGCCGCCACCUCGCGCAUCGCCUUCCGGGGCUUCAGCCUAUCUCCAUGGAACGCAUCCUACCGCCCUUUUGCCUCCGCCUACCCCCAGGACUCUAAGCAGGUGGUGGGCUUUGCCAUCUGUAACUAUGCCCAGCAGCAGCAGCGAAAGAGUGACACCGUAGCCAUCGACCUCACCGAUGAGAAAGUGUUGAUCCUUACCGAGCCAGCAUCCUCUUCAGCGCCACAGAAAGUGCAGUUCAAAAGUGAGGCUCUCACAUCACUUCCGAUCCGUGAAUCCAAGCCAGAUGACACCGCAUACUCUAGGUACCUAGGCGAUCACAUGGAGCUUGACAACAUGGCAAUCGACCCUGACCACUUCCGCAAGGGCUACGGCACUCUGCUAUGUCGCCACGGUAUGGAAUUCGCCCGAGAGGACAAGGUCCAAGGUCGACUUGUCAGCAAAUAUCACAAACCUCACAUUCAGACGCCCAUAUCCUAA